AUGAACCCAGGAGGACCUGAAAUGUGCUAUCAACCACACAUGUCCACUGGCCAAGCGCCGCCGCCGCAAACCGUCACGUCGCACUAUGGGCAUCAGCAGCCUCCGUUAUUACAACCCGUGCCGGCCCAAUACCCCCCCUCGCAGUACGGCAACCAGUAUGGGUACCCCAAUGGCUUGACGCCCCCACCCGCGGGACCGCCGGCAGUGUCCAACCCGAUGGCCACCGGGCAGCCCGUCUUGCCUCUUCCAGGCGUGAGUCCUCCGAUGGGUCCGGGCUCAUAUUCGCAGGGCUAUGACACAACUGGCCAAGUCGCGCCGCCAGGGAUGAAACCUCGUGUGACAGCUACUCUUUGGGAAGAUGAGGGCAGUCUUUGUUUUCAAGUUGAGGCGAGGGGUAUCUGCGUCGCCAGGCGCGAAGACAACCACAUGAUUAACGGCACCAAGCUUCUGAACGUCGCCGGAAUGACUCGCGGACGACGCGACGGCAUCCUCAAGAGCGAGAAGGUUCGGCAUGUGGUAAAAAUUGGCCCUAUGCACCUCAAGGGAGUCUGGAUUCCUUUCGACCGGGCUCUCGACUUCGCCAACAAGGAAAAGAUCACAGAGCUCCUGUAUCCCCUUUUCGUGCAUAAUAUCGGUUCCCUCCUUUGUCAUCCGACCAACUCCAGCCGCGCUACCCAGGUGAUGGCGGCGGCCCAACAACGUCAGAAGCAGGACGGCCUGAGGAAUGGUCAGUCCGCCCUACCGUCCAUCCAGCAGCACCAUCACCAUCAAUUGGCUUUGCCUGGGCCGCAACCUCCACUGUCGUCCCACCCGCCUGCUAUGGGCCGUCCCUCACUGGACCGCUCCCACACCUUUCCCACGCCCCCAACCAGCGCUUCGAGCGUAAUGGGCUCCAUGGGUUCGUCUGAGAGUUUCCAGUGGAACCAGCAGGGAAUGAGCAAUGGCCAGGCACCCGGUCAGAUAUCCAUUGACACGACCCUGAGCAACAAUGCCCGCUCGCUACCCAACACGCCGGCAACCACCCCGCCCGGUUCCACCAUCCAGAGCAUGCAAAACUAUCCGCCGGUUAGCCAGCCGUACGACAACUCACGGCAGAUGUAUCAGGCGCCUCCUUCGCAGCAUCCCACAUACCCCCAAUCGAAUCCGUCGCAGCAAGACCGGCCAAUCUAUGGCCAGACCAAUUAUGUCAAGAACGAAAUGGCUCCACCAUCGAGCAGACACGCCGGUCCUGGUGGCGAACAAGUGGAUUCAAAACAGCCGAACGGUAUCAUGCAUGCAGGCCAGGGCGACGCGGGAGCCCCCACGCAAGCGGAAGAUGAGGCAGACCACGAUCACGAUCCUGAAUAUACCCAUGACAGCGGCGCAUAUGACGCCAACCGGGGUUCUUACAAUUAUAGCGCUCCUCCGGUCGCUUCGUUGCAGAAUGACCACUCUCAUCUGUCGCCUGACAUGUCAGGUUCGCCCCACCAAGCAGGGUCUGGGCGGGCGACGCCGCGCACGGCCGCCCCGCCGCAGCCGUACUACUCGCAGCAGGGAUAUAACACUCCGCCGCGACUCGGACAGCCCUCAAGUAACCUGUAUAAUGUGAUGAGCAACGAACGUGGGCCCUCUAACGGUGCGGCGCCUAGCGAUGUCUACGCAAGCCAAACCGAUAUGGCAAGCUCGAUGCAAAACGGGUACGCGACGCAGCAGCCCGUGAUGAACGGAAGCCAGUCGAUGAAACGGGGGAGGGAGGAUGAGGAUGAGCGACCCUCGAGCGGGGGGACCAUGGACAAGCGUCGCAGAACGAUGAUGGACGGCAGCGGCUCGAUGCCCUCGCCUACCUUCAAUUCGCAGAUGGCUCCGCCGGCACCUGCAAUCACGACUCAACGACGGAGGUAA